GCGGAAGAUGGCUCUUCCUUCUCAGUCUCCUCCUCGGAAGUAGACGUUCGUGUCUAUAUUCCGUUCAUUUUAUUUUUAAUAUCAGUUUGAAAGGAUCCCUCUUAGUUUUUAAAUCCCCCAUCAAAUUUCACGGCAAACAUGGAGGCGAAGCUGGACGCUUAAAAAAGAUGACGGGAUCCGAUCUGCUCCUUUAUUUUACCUCAGUUUAAUGGACCGGAUGAUCUGCGUUUCCCACAGCCUUGCAGGGGAGGUAGCUGUAUCCAGUGGGGAGGUAGGCUUUUCCAGGGUUCGUGAUGAAGUUCACCCUGCCCCUGGAAAGCCGGAAGCUGUCAUCUCUUCUAGAGAAGGCAGUUUCUAGGGAAGCCAAACUAUGGAAGGCUUACGUGCCAAAGAAACCUACCAACCAGGAUACAGAUAUUUCCCCUGAAAAGCAUGAUGAGGCCGUCCGGUGGUUGAGGGAUGUUCAUUCCCAGCUGAAGCUCUAUCCAGAGACCCUCUGCCUGGCCAUCGGCAUCCUGGAUCGCUUCCUCUCUGCCAUCAAGGCCCGUCCGAAGUACCUGCGCUGUAUCGCCAUCUCUUGUUUCUUCCUGGCUGUUAAGACUAGUGAGGAAGAUGAGUGUAUCCCGUCUCUGAGAGAGCUGGCGUCCAGCAGCAAAUGUGGCUGUUCCCCGUCUGAGAUCUUGCGGAUGGAGAGGAUAGUUCUGGAUAAGCUGAACUGGGACCUGCACUCCGCCACCGCACUGGACUUCCUUUACAUCUUUCAUGCGAUGGUUUUGAGCUGUAAGUCCGGGCGGCUGAACAUGGCGUUGUCGGGUCUGAACCCGUCUCAGCACGUGGCUCUGCUCACCCAGCAGCUCUUCCACUGUCUGGCCCACAAUGCACUGCAUCAGGUGCCCGGCUCACUGCUGUCCCUCGGCCUCAUCACGCUAGAGCUGGAGAAACUCUGUCCUGAUUGGCUCGCUCUCACUGUCGACCUGCUACACAAAUUACAGAUCGACAGUUCUCAGCUGAUUGGCUGUCGAGAGCUGGUUGCACGUUGCCUAUCCAUGCACACGGCUUCCCUGCCUCCCAACACUGUGUACAUCUACCAUCCCCUGCCGAAUGCCCCGGGGCCUCGGGACGGGGGAGUCCUGCCCCCCUGGCAAGUCUCCCCUGCCCCGACAGCGCCCUCUGACCCCAACACCACCCACACCCGCACAUGCAAGUCCUCAGCCAAGCGAAAGGUGGAACACAUGGAAGUGGACGAGUAUUUUGACGGGAUCAAGCGCCUGUACAAUGAGGAGAGUCUCCAGGAGGGGGCGCCCACGUGCACUGGCCAAACGGUGGGAGGAGGGCAGGGUCCACCGGUGACACAGCAGAAUGCUGGAUCCUCCCCCUGCCCGCCUCUCCAACCGGUCAGAGAAACCUAGAGGAAACAGCCAAACAAUCACACAGCCGCAGCAGCCGCAGUCAUCGCUUCACCUCAGAGCAAGAGAGAGGCCAAAAAUACUAACAAAAAAAACCCUAUACUGUGCAUGAUGCCAUUUCAUAAGCUUAAACAUAAGGCUUUUAAAAAAGCAGACAAAAAAAGUUAUAUAAAGGAAAAAUGUUUGCAAAAAAAGUAUAAAUAUUUUUCCCUCCAUCUGUGGAAACAGGUAUUGUUCCUGUUUGUCUCUUUAUAUGUAGUUGCCAAUUUAGUUUCCUGUCAUUUAUUUCCUAGCUGUUGUCUUCUUUUUCUUUUUGUCAAACACAGACCUCAAAAACCUUUGAGUGCUUUUAAAUAUCAUAUUAAAAUGUUUAUUAAAAUAAUACAAACAAUUAUUUUAAUAAAACUAAUAAAGAAAUAUUUACUUAUUAUUAUUAUUAUUAUUAUUGUUUUUUUUUUAAGGCUGUAGUUAAAGAGUGGCAUUUCUGAAGAUGUAUAUUAGUUUUGUACAAAUGUACACUCUCAUUCACGACUGGGUCUGAUUGCUUGAAUGUGUGUGUGUGUGUGUGUGUGUGUGUGUGUGAGAGAGCUUUUGAAGGGUGAUAAUGUCCCUAUCACUUCCUUAUACUGAGCAUUAAAGAUGAGCUAAUGUUGUUCGUGACAUUAGAUCACACAUGGUGUCACUUGGUUAGAUGAUCUGUUUGUCGCUUGCUCUAAACCUAGUAAUGUAACUGUUGUAAUGAGUAGAAUAAAGUGCGUACGAUUCUGAACUAACAGAAGAAGCUUUAGACUGUAACCAUUCCUUUGUUGAUCAUAACCCUCCUGCCGAAAGCUCUCUCUCCUGCUCUGAGGUGCUGAUGACAGUCGGGCCGCUGCUGAGAAACCUCCCAGUGGUCAAAUAAAUGAAAAUCUUACUGA